CCCGAACGCUGCCCUAGCCUUAUAUAUAUAGCUAUAUCCCGUAUACGGACGUUAGAAGGUCUACUAUUUAAGACAUCGUUCGAUUUCGCUCGCAUUCGCGACCUUAGUAUAGGUAACAUUAUAAAGAUGCGACAGGAGGAUAAACUCUACCGAGUGCCGUAA